CCUGACCGCGCGCCCCGCCCUCGUUCUACGCGGGGCCCUGGAGUGACCGACCGACGGAAGAGCAGACCGGUGCGGAGAAGUUGCUUGGUCAUCUAGCAACUAUGAGUCUGGUAAACUGUGAAGACAGCUGCGGUGCCAACCAGCCAGACAGCGACUGUUGUGCUGCCAUGGCCAGUGCCUGUAGCACCGGCGCAAAGGAGGACAGUGUGAAUGGGAGCACCAUUCCUGGGAACCUUUCUAGCUCCCUGAUGGAUGAGAUUCAAGGCUAUGAUGUGGAGUUUGAUCCACCCCUUGAAAGCAAAUAUGAGUGUCCCAUCUGUCUGAUGGCUUUGCGGGAAGCUGUGCAAACCCCAUGUGGCCAUCGGUUCUGCAAAGCCUGCAUCGUCAAGUCAAUAAGAGAUGCAGGUCACAAAUGCCCUGUAGACAAUGAAAUACUGCUGGAAAAUCAGCUAUUUCCUGACAACUUUGCUAAACGGGAAAUCCUCUCACUUACGGUGAAAUGUCCGAAUGAAGGUUGCCUGCUGAAGAUGGAACUGAGGCAUCUAGAGGAUCACCAGACACAUUGUGAGUUUGCCCUUGCAGAAUGCCCACAGUGCCACCUUUCCUUUCGGAAAUAUCUCCUUCACAAUCAUAUGCUCAUGGAAUGUCCAAGGAGACAAGUGUCAUGUGUGAAUUGUGCUGCUCCAAUGCCCUUUGAAGAGAAAGAGUUCCAUGACCAGAACUGCCCAUUGGCAACAGUCUUCUGUGAAUACUGCAACACCAUGCUUAUCCGGGAACAGAUGCCUAAUCACUAUGAUAUAGACUGCCCCAUAGCUCCAAUUCCAUGUACUUUCAGUACAUUUGGGUGUCGUGAGAAGAUGCAGAGGAAUCAUUUGGCACGCCACCUGCAAGAGGACACUCUGGCCCACAUGCGAAUGAUGGCCCAGGCCAUCGAGAAUAUCAGCAUUGCAGCUUUCAAUUCUGGGCUCCCCCCCCGGGAGACCCCUCCCUACGAUGGCAGCUCCAUAUCCCGGACCUCCUCGGGAUGCCCCCUGGAUGUUCAGAACUUCCAAGAAACCAUCCAGCAGUUGGAGAGUCGCCUUGUGAUACAAGACCAUCAAAUCCGAGAGCUGACUGCUAAGAUGGAAACGCAGAGCGCUUGUGUGGGGGACCUCAAACGGACCAUUCGAACCCUUGAGGACAGAAUUGCUGAGAUGGAGGCGCAGCAGUGCAAUGGCAUUUACAUCUGGAAGAUUAACAACUUUGGGAUGCACUUGAAAUCUCAAGAAGAAGAGAAGCCUGUCGUCAUCCAUAGCCCUGGAUUCUAUACUGGCAAACCUGGCUACAAGCUCUGCAUGCGCCUUCACCUGCAGCUGCCAAGCGCUCAGCGCUGCGCUAACUAUAUUUCCCUUUUUGUCCACACGAUGCAAGGUGAGUAUGACAGCCAUCUUCCCUGGCCCUUCCAGGGCACAAUACGCCUUACUAUUCUCGAUCAGUCUGAAGCACCUGUGAGGCAGAAUCAUGAAGAGAUCAUGGAUGCCAAACCAGAGCUGCUUGCCUUCCAGAGGCCCACCAUCCCCCGGAACCCCAAAGGUUUUGGCUAUGUGACUUUCAUGCACUUGCAAGCCCUCCGGCAAAGGACCUUCAUUAAAGAUGAUACUUUACUUGUUCGUUGUGAGGUUUUGACACGCCUGGACAUGAGUAGCCUAAGGAGGGAGGGCUUUCAGCCACGAAGUACUGAUGCAGGGGUAUAGUGAGUGGCCCCUGGCUUAGGAAAACUGAAUCUGCCCUGUCCCAGUCGCCUCCCAGUGAUAUGGUCCAGACUUUAUUUCUGGUGGCCUUGAAGUCAGUUUAAAAGUCCUAGUUCUCCGAAAGCCUCUAAGCAAUGAAACACAAAUCAAAACAAUGAUUUAAAAAUGUAGUAUUUUAUUACUCAAUCACAAAUUCUGUACCAUUACCUGAAAACCAUAGAUGAAAAGUCUAAAUCUGUGUCACCAUCCUAAGUCCUCAGUCCUUCUGUGACAGUCUGCAUUGAAACAGUUUUCCCUUUGGGUUGAACACUUCAUCUACUUAUACAAAAGAAUGGAAUCCGAGGUGCCUUUAAUGUAUUUUAGCUGUUUUGUUAGUCUGAGGAUGUCUUUUGUUCUUU